AUGUUGUCCCUGCUCUGGCUACUUCCGUCGGCGCUCGCCGCUCAACCCUCCGCGCCCGACCCUAUCUCCGCUCCGCUGCGCGAUCUCGAUUUCGGGCAACUCAAUUUCCUUCAUACUACCGAUACUCAUGGCUGGCUGGCUGGUCAUCUGCAGGAGCCUUCCUACUCCGCAGACUGGGGAGACUAUAUCUCGUUUGCCACGCGCAUGCGGGAAAAGGCCGAAUCGCAAGGUCAAGACUUACUCGUCAUAGACACAGGGGAUCGAGUCGAGGGAAAUGGUUUAUACGACUCAUCUGAGCCCAAGGGCGUCUAUCUCUCGGACAUCCUGCGGCACCAGCACAUUGACUUGCUGACGUCGGGAAACCACGAACUAUACAAGCAAAAUACAUCAGAGGCUGAGCUUCUUGUCACUGCUCCUAAUUUCCGAGGCAACUAUCUGGCUUCGAAUAUUGAUAUCAUCCACCCCUCCACCAAGGAGCUUGUGCCUCUGGCCCCGCGGUUCAAGAAGUUUACUACUAAGAAUCAAGGCAUCCGCAUAGUAGCUUUUGGCUUUCUUUUUGAUUUCACUGGAAACUACAACAACACUGUGGUCCACAAAGUAUCCUCUACUAUCAAAGAAGACUGGUUCCAAGAAGCGAUUCGGGAUAAGGAGGUUGACCUGUUCUUGGUGAUCGGCCAUGUGCCUGUUCAUUCGCCAGAGUAUCGAGCGAUCUUCAAAGAGAUCCGAAGCAUUCGUUGGGAUACUCCCAUUCAAUUCUUUGGUGGUCACCAACACGUACGUGACUAUGCGCAGUACGACUCCAAAUCAUUUGGCCUAGCGAGUGGCCGAUUCAUGGAAACUGUUGGCUUCAUGUCAAUCGAUGGCCUCGCCAGCAAGACCAGCCAUCAGUCUGCUGCUGGACCUGUCUUUAAGCGCAGGUACAUUGACAACAACCUGUUUUCUUACUAUCAUCAUACCGAGCUUGACCAAGACACUUUCCCAACCGAGAAAGGCCUCAAUGUAUCUCGAUUGAUCGCCAAAGCACGGGCCGAUCUGCGGUUAGACCAGAUUCAUGGAUGUGCUCCUCAUGAUCUCUGGAUGUCACGAGUCCAGUACCCAGAUCCAAGCAGCAUAUACACCUGGCUCGAGACGCAGGUCUUGCACGAUGUGAAGGAUGAGUCUCGUGUAGACACGCCUGCGCUUGUCAUCGUCAACACAGGCGCCAUCAGAUUCGAUAUCUUCCAGGGGCCUUUCACCCAGGACUCGACUUUCAUUGUAUCGCCUUUUACCAGCGGCUUCCGUUAUGUGAAAGAUGUCCCAUAUGAGAAGGCAAGACUCAUUGUUGAUAUUCUGAAUCAUCAACCUCAGAUCUUGUCUACGGACGAAUCUUCUUCUUCCACAACACUUGCCCCCUUGGAGCAACUUGCAUACAAGGAGGAUGUAAUUGUCCAAAAUCGGCCUUCCUUCGCUGAGCAAAUACCUAUGUCAGGUCCGGCACUUGUGCCCGGAUACACGACAAAGGAUGAUGCAGGCACCGAUGGUGAUGAUACAAUCCAUUCGCCCAUCACUUUCUACCGGGUGCCAAAUUGUAUUCGAGCCCUCAUAUCUGCUAAUGCAUCCGAGGCGCCGGAGACGGUGGAUUUGGUCUACAUUGACUUUAUCGAAAAAUACGUGGCAAUGGCUGCUAAAUUCGCUAGUCUCAAUGUUGACUUUGCAAAGGAAAGCGAUGUGUACAUGCCGCACCUGUCUUUCACGAACCUGAUCCUGGACUGGGUGAAGAAGCACUGGAAGUGUUGA